AUGUAUGACUUUUGUUUCUUUUGUUGUUCUAGUGUCCCCAAUGCAUUGGCUGGUGCCUAUGAAUAUCAUAUCAAACGACAUAAUGGAAAAGAGGUUGAUGUUAGCCGACUUUUCAUUUUUUACAAUUCUCGUGAAAGGAUAAAACAAGAGAAAAAAGAUAUUGCUGUUAGUAUAACAACUGCACUGGAUGUACUUGGAGUAUACGGUUCGUGCAAAGAAAAGUAUUGGCCUUAUAAUACAGAAUUAGUCUAUACGAAAUCAACGCAAAUUGCUUAUCAAAAAGCAAAAAGAUAUAAAGCAGUAGAAGUAUUAAAAGUCAAAAUUAAUUUAGACGAAAUGAAAGCAUGUUUAGCCCAAAGUUUUCCAAUUGUUUUUGGAUUGAACCUGACACAAUCAUUUGGGCAAGCAGAUGACAACGAAGGUGCUGUACCGAGGCCAAAUCCAAAAGAUUUUAAAAUUAUUGAAAGACAUGCUAUGCUUGCUGUUGGAUAUAGCGAUCGGUCGGAAGCAUUUAUUGUAAGAAACUCUUGGGGCACUAGCUGGGUAAGUGCACUGUUCUCACCGUAAAUAUUCACACGUGAAAAGUUUAGGUUCAUUAAGAGGUGAGCUGUCUUAGGUAUCCGUUUUUGUGCCUAAUAAAUUGACCUAGAACUCUGAAGAUAAAAUCUUCAAUCAAUGUAGAAUUAUUUUGUUUUUUUUCCCGACACAUUAAAA